AUGUCUACCCUGCGGAUCCGGCUUCUGGUGGCUCUCAUUCUUCUUGCUGUGGCACUCCAGACAUCGGAUGCAGGUCCCUAUGGUGCCAACGUGGAAGACAGCAUCUGCUGCCAGGACUACAUCCGCUAUCCCCUGCCAUCACGUGUAGUGAAGGAGUUCUUCUGGACCUCAAAAUCCUGCCGCAAGCCUGGCGUUGUUUUGAUAACCAUCAAGAACCGGGAUAUCUGUGCUGACCCCAGACUGCCCUGGGUGAAGAGGAUUAUCCAUAAGCUGGCCUACUGAAGAGAGCCUGAUGGCCAUGGGCGUGGUCUCUCCAGGAAGGCUCAGCAAGCCCUAUCCCAUUGCCAUCCCAGCAAGAGCCUUGCCAACAAUGCUGCCUUCGCUCACCACCAUGCCCUGGGCUGUCACUCUGUCAGGCCUCUUGUCCCUCCACCUCCCCUCCAACCUCUCUAACCCAUCCUCUUCCAAUAUGGCAGCUGAGGGAGCACAUUCAGGCCCACCCUUUCCCAGAAUCCCCUCCUCACUGCUUUAGAUGAGGCCGCAGCCCUUGCUUUGGUGUCCUGGUCCUGCAGAUCUGGUAUCUUCCCUCUCCCCAGUCUAGGGAAGACCAAAAUGUUUCAAGUCUGUGCUACUCAAUUCCACUUCCCUGGAGGUUGUUGAUACUCAAAUGUUAUUCAUGCUACUUGCACUGGUCCAGUGCCCCUCAACUCGCAGGCUUCAGUCAAUCCCAGUGGGCACCCACCUAGCCUCUACCGUCUCUCAGUAGAAUCCUCAGGGAUUCAUGCUGGCCCACCAGGCCCUGCGGUUAGGCCAAGGUCCC